GGACACGAUCCUUAUCUUACCCAAACUUGUCCAAAGCCAAAAGUUUCUAUUUACAACUACAAGUACUCAUUUUUGUGUUUAGCAAAAAAAAAAAAGUACUCAUUUUUGUGUGGCUUGGCUUCAAUCCCAAUAAUGCUAACUCAGUUGGGAAAUUGGUCUUCUUCAACCCCUUUGUUAGUGCCCUGUGUUCUUCCUGGUAGAGCCAUAGCCAUAGCCAUAGCCAGUAGUACUACUUCUGGUUCAUGCCAAAUUAUUAGGGUUAGAGAAGUAACAAGUUUAAGCAGUAGUAGUAGUAUUAGUACUAAGCUUUACGCUGCUGCCAGGAGAAGAGUGAGAUUUAACGAAGAAGAUGAAGAUGAUGAUGAAGAAGAAGAAUAUGGUUAUCACGAAGAGAUUGGAAUGUUGGAACUGUAUAGUCAAAAUGCUAGAGGUGAAGCACUUCUAGUCCAAACUGUGCUCCAUGCUCAAGAAAUCCAAAUCCUUAUCUUCAAGGGAUUCUCUUCAUGCUUAAGCUAUAGUACAUCACCAGACCCAUCCAAGAGCAUUGUUCCAGCCAGAGCUGUGAUAAAGUCCAUAGACAGAAUUAAAGGUCCUUUUGACCCAUCUAAUAUAGAGUACAUUCAAAAAGGCCUAUCAUGGGAAGAAUUUAAGACCACUCUCCUAUCCGAAUAUGAAAAUAAAUAACUCCACAAAUUACUCUUUUAUUUAAUACCACUUCUACUAUCUCACCCAA